UCAGCUAUUCCAGACUCGUUACUUUCAUUCCCUGAUUCCCUUUCUCACACACCCAGCCAGAAGCAGAGACACUGUAACAUACUAACAUCCAGUUACUGCUUUGAAACAAGCGAACCCAAAGCAGAUCCCGAGUCCCGACUCCGUUCAGUUGCCGAUAUGCAGCAUAGCCCAGUUCCAUCUAUUCUUUUUGUUUAUUGAUCUGAUAGAGAGAGUUUUGACCCUCGAGAGGUUGCCAAUGGCCUAACGGGGUUGAUUCAGAGUGAAAAGCAAGUGACCAAGAACUGAGAAAAGCGAAAGAUAAGUUCUUUGCCCAUUUGGCCAGAGCUUCAACCUCUAAUCUUAUAUGAUGGUUCCUCCAUAUGAAGAGAGAAGAUAAACACAAGAGUAAAAGAUAGAUGAAGAGUAGAUUUUUGAAGUGGAAUCAAAAGAUCAACAUAAAGGCCAUAGCAGUGAUCAAACUCUCCAAUUUUUCUUACAAUACUAUACAUGUUUGAAAAGGCAAAAACAUCCCCUUGUUUUGAUACAGUCCUGUAAUUAACUUUUGAACUCUGUGAGGUCUCUGCUGCUGCAAAGAUGGAGAACGGAGACGACUGGUUUGCCCUAGACAAGCUUUACCAUGUGCUCUUCUGUUUUUUUAUCGCCAUUAUCGCCUCAGCUCUGGCCGGUCUCUCUCGAUACUCGUUUUUAAGAAGAUGGAGCAUCUGGUUGGGAUCCCUGGCCUCGCUUGCAUCUGGUGCUGCCAAAGAAGCUGGGGACGAGAUCGGGUUGUGGAAGUCUGCCGGUGCCUCUUCUAAGGACGUCAUUGCUGAUCUCGUCGGUAUCUUAAUAGCUUUGUGCGUUCUUUCGCUCUCCAAGCCCUCGUCUUCGCGGAAAAAAGUGGAGGAAACUACAGAAAAUGGAGUGCUUUCGAUGUUAUAACCAUCGCUUCAGUUCAAUCAUUUCAACUAUUUCCGACUUUUCUUCAGUGGUCGGAUAUAUACUUCGAUGAAGGACAAGGAAAAAGUUCCUACAAUCUUUACAUUGGCAGGAAGGAGAGGGUAAUUGAAAAUUUGGAUUAUUAGAAAAGAAAUUCAGAUCUUAAAUAGAGAAGGAAAUGAGAAGAAAGGUUGCAUCUUUAGAGGGAGAGAGAGAAAAGAGAGAACAAGAUCACACAUUUACCCACAGUUUGAUGCUUCCUUGCCCAUGCUGAGUUUGUACUUGCAAGGAGAAACUGGAAAAGAGGGCAGGUUCAGGAGCAAUAGUAUACCCAUUUAUGUUAAUGGGGAAGUGAUUAUUACAUCCUAUCAUUGGAACUAACACAAUGGUAAAGCCUACCUGAAAUCUCGGCUGAUCAAGAAGAGAUGCAGCUUUGAUUGUUUUAUGGGGCUGGCAGGUUUUUCUCAUUUUGGUUUUUAUCAUCCAUUGAUAUUUGAAUAAGAAAUUGACAUUAGAAAACUGAAGAAAAUGGCCAUACGAGCAGUAUUGUCUCAAUUCAGGAAGUGUUUCGAAGGAUUCUAGAGGUUACAAAUAAAAUAAGCAAAAUUUUGUGAAUCA